AACUUUCCGUUAUUAGUCGCAGCCAAAAAUCAAAGUUUCCAUUUGUUUUGAAAGCGUAUGAACCUGCGUAGAAUUUCGUCGAGAAUGGCCGGCGAAGUCAGCAGGUCCGCCGAGCAACGAACCUCCCCUGCCGCCGUUGCUGCAGCCUACGAAUCCGAUGCUGUUGCUGCUGCGGUUAAUCCCAAGUCCAAAUCGUUUUGGCCCUCUGUCCUCCGUUGGAUCCCUACAUCCACCGAUAAGAUCAUCGCCGCCGAGAAGCGCCUGCUCUCUCUUGUCAAGACUUCUUAUGUUCAAGAACUGGUGAAUAUAGGAUCUGGACCACCGGGCUCUAAAGUCAGGUGGUUUCGAUCCAAAAGCAAUGAAGAAAGGCUAAUCAACACGGUUUCAUUUGACAGCAAAGAGAAUUCUCCUACUAUUGUUAUGCUUCACGGAUACGGUGCUUCUCAAGGUUUCUUCUUUAGAAAUUUCGAUGCCCUUGCCAGUCGGUUCAGGGUCAUUGCCAUCGAUCAAAUAGGUUGGGGCGGAUCAAGCAGGCCUGAUUUUACAUGUAAAAGCACUGAAGAAACUGAGGCAUGGUUCAUCGAUUCCUUUGAGGAAUGGCGAAAAGCCAAAAACCUCAGCAACUUUAUAUUACUUGGACAUUCAGUUGGUGGGUAUGUUGCAUCAAAGUACACUCUGAAGCAUCCAGAGCACGUUAAGCAUUUGAUUUUAGUGGGACCUGUCGGGUUUUCAUCGGAGUCAGAUGCAUCCUAUGAGAGGCUUAACCAAUUCAAAGCAACAUGGAAAGGAGCAAUUUUCAACUAUUUGUGGGAGUCUAAUUUUACUCCACAGAAGUUAGUCAGAGGGCUAGGGCCUUUGGGUCCAAAUCUCGUUCGGAGUUACACUACUGCCAGAUUUGGUUCUUAUUCAACAGGGACCGCACUAACUGAAGAGGAAUCCCGACUUCUAACAGAUUAUGUGUACCAUACUUUAGCAGCCAAAGCUAGUGGGGAGCUGUGCUUAAAGUACAUAUUUUCUUUCGGAGCAUUUGCUAGGAGUCCCCUUAUACAGAGUGCAUCGGAGUGGAAAGUGCCGACUACUUUUAUUUACGGAUAUCAAGACUGGGUGAACUACCAAGGGGCUCAAGAAGCUGGCAAAAAAAUGAAGGUCCCAUGUGAGAUCAUUAGGAUUCCGGAAGCUGGGCACUUUGUAUUCAUAGACCAACCCGAACGAUUCCAUUCAGCUGUUUUUUACGCUUGCCGUAGAUUUCUUUCGCAGGGCCCUGAGGUUGAAUCCUUUCCCGAAGGUUUGACAGCUGCCUGAAAAGUGUACUUAGUUUCCUGUUUUUUUUUUGGGUACAAAUUAGACAGUCCAACUAGUAGUCUCUGUAUCUUUGAUACUCUUUGUAUGCAUAAGUUCCUACCUCUUAGUGCAAGAUCCGCAGUUUACAUUAAUAAAGGAAACCGAGAGGGCAGAUUUACUUUUA